GCGCAUUUAUGAUUGCGUAUAGACCGUUCUGUCAAGAGGCAUUCAGCUUAGCCAGGGCUGUGCAGGGCGUAUAGCGGCCUCUUUGUGGGCUGUCCCGCUCCAGUGUCGCGGGUUUCAGCGAGGGUCCUGCUUGUCCCCUCUAGAGAAUAUUUCUCAGAAGCUCAACAUUGGGCAGUAGUUUUCAAUCCUGAAUCCCGAGCCCGCUUCCAAUUCAAUGUCCUCUCGUUGACCAAGGUGCCGGCGUUGGUCCUGGUGAGCAGCAGCGGGGCCUGUCAAGAUUGCUGAGGGCGGGAGCGUGGAGCAGGCACGCCUGUGCAUCCAGCACGCUGCCGUACAAGUGAAGGGGGACCAAUGAAUAGGUACAAGGUGAUAAGGCAGCUUGGGGAUGGCACCUAUGGCAGCGUGUGGAAGGCCAUCAACCGGGAGACCAAUGCCGUGGUGGCCAUAAAGAAGAUGAAGCGCAAGUUCUACUCCUGGGAGGAGUGCAUGGCCCUGAGGGAGGUGAAGAGCCUGCGCAAGCUGUCCCACCCGUCCAUAGUGAAGCUCAAGGAGGUCAUCCGCGAGAGGGACGAGCUCUUCUUCGUCUUCGAGUACAUGGACUGCAACCUGUACCAGCUGAUGAAGGAGCAGGGCGAGCUGAUGCCAGAGCAGCGGGUGCGCGAGUGGUGCUUCCAGAUCCUGCGCGGCCUGACGCACAUCCACAAGCACGGCUACUUUCACCGCGAUCUCAAGCCAGAGAACCUGCUGGUGCACAAGGACACGGUGAAGAUCGCCGAUUUUGGGCUGGCGCGUGAGAUCCGAUCCCGCCCGCCCUUCACAGACUAUGUCUCCACCAGAUGGUACCGCGCGCCGGAGGUGCUGCUACGAUCCAAGAGCUACGGGCCACCCGUGGACCUCUUUGCGAUGGGCGCUAUCAUUGCAGAGCUCUUCACGCUGCGGCCGCUGUUCCCCGGGGCCUCCGAGGCGGAUGAGCUGUACAAGAUCUGCAGCAUCAUGGGGUCCCCCACAGCCGCCACCUGGCCGGAGGGCCUGGGCCUGGCAGCUUCCAUGGGCUUCCGCUUCCCCCAAUGCCAGCCCGUGCCCCUCGCAGCAAUGGUUCCUCAGGCAUCGCCGGCAGCGCUGGACCUGAUAGCAGUGCUGUGCCACUGGGAUCCAGCCAAGCGGCCCACUGCUGCCCAGGCUCUCCAGCACCCCUUCUUCCAGGUGCACUCCCAUCCCUGA